AAGAAAUGCCACCAGGAUGUGUUUAUGUGCGCAAUUGCGUUGUAUAAUGUAUCCUCUCUAUGCGAAUUGAAGAUGAGGCCUUUAGCUAGAAGAACUAUGAACGCGACAUCUCACGUUUUUGCCACAGCGAAGCCCUGUUCCGAGGAUUGCUUUCGUGCGAUACACAAACUGAAAGGUACAAAACUCGGCAGCGAGCUGCACCGUUGUGAUUGUGAACAGGAUGGUCACUGCCUGAUGUCCAAGUCUCGUAUUUCAAGAUGUCUACAUGCGUAAGCGAUGAAACCGAAGCAGAGUUGUACGCUGGCGUUGGCGAGUUGUAUGGCGGACACGAAAUGCUCGACGUUGAAGAGGACCUUCCUUCAAGAUUGUACAAAUUUGAUCAACGGUUUGCGAUGCGAUAAAGAAUGUUUGGCGGCGCAGGAACGAUUGUACGAGUCGGAACACGGCAAGCCAUUGAUGGAUUGUGAGUGCGACGGCACGUACGAAGCAUACUGCCAUGCGAUCAAAGCUCAUGCUCAACAACUGAAAUGUCGUCCGGGCUUAGAUGGAUCCGGGAAGCCCUACUUUAUUUACUAUAACGACACAGACUUAACGAAAAUACACGGAGAAGAUAGACUGACCACACUUGGCAACUCUGCCUUCUUCCUUCCUUGCCUUUCAUGGUCACUACUUUUCGUUUGUACAAUUUCGCUGUUCGUGUUGAACUGAUUUGUUAUCAAUGUAUUUUCUUAUUUAAACCGAAGGUACCGAGCCCAUUAUUCUUAAAGUUUACUUGGUGCAUGAUUGAAAGCAUUAAAUUAAAAUCUUUCGAAUUUAA